AUGAUACGAAGGCAAUUUAUUUUUGUAUUCGUUGCUGUUGCUAAUGGUUCAAACUAUAACACUGUUAAUUAUUCUAAUCCAAGUUCAAUCGUAAAUAAUCUUGUCAUUUCUGGUUUCCCACAAGUGACAACAACUUUUACAUGCGAUCCGGAAGCUCAGCUCUGGAGCGUUCAGGGACAAACUGGACAGUUUACUAACUUUGCCUGUAUUUGGAAAUACCUUAAUGGACCGUUUCGAUUAUAA